AUGGCGUUGAUAACAUCAAGUCCUUCUUUCAAGGUGGCUCUUGUGCAAAUGAAGCCAAAGCCCCUUGACGCUGAACACAACUUUGCACUUGCGGCCGAACAGAUACGACUCGCGGCGGUUCAGGGUGCAUCACUAGCAGUCCUGCCAGAGUACCACCUUACGGGUUGGGUGCCAGAAGAGCCAUCUUUUGCACUUACACCUGAGGAUGCUGAGAAAUAUCGACAAAAGUACCAGGCAUUAGCAGCAGAGCUUCACAUCAACAUCUGUGCUGGAACAUUUGUAACUCAAACUUCCAACGAAGGUGGUCUCGCCGCUGCUGAUGCCAGACCCACACUACUCAAUACGUCUGACUUUAUCGACCACGAUGGCAACCUUCUGGGCACUUACACCAAGACCAACCUCUGGAUUCCAGAGCGUCUUACAUUGACGUCCUUCGUUGAUCAUGCCCGCAAUACAUCCAAAGACAACUACGAAGCCCCCAACCCCCAUCAAGUCAUCGAUACCCCUCUCGGCCGAGUCGGCAUCCUCGUAUGCUGGGACCUUGCCUUCCCCGAAGCCUUCCGACAGCUGGUCCUCGCCGGCGCCAAGAUAAUAAUAAUCCCUUCAUACUGGACAUCAGGGGACAUGUCAGAAGAAGGACUUGCAUACAAUGCCAACUGCGAAAAGAUGUUCAUACAGUCCGCUCUAGUGACUCGAGCUUUCGAGAACACUGCCGCGGUAAUCUACUGCAAUGUUGGCGGACCAGCGGAAGAGGGUUUCUUCGGUUGCAGUCAAGUCACUCUGCCUAUUGUUGGGACUGUACCUGGGAGCUUUACCGAUGGCGAGGAGGCGAUGCGUAUCUUAGAUGUUGACAUGCAGACGGUGGAUAUUGCGGAGCGCAACUAUCAGAUUAGGCAAGAUUUGGCGAGGGAGGAUUGGCAUUACGGAUAUGUGAGGAGUACAUCGGCAAAGCUGUGA